GUUUCCGAGGCGAUAAGAUGAGAUCCCUGCCAUACUGGGAUGGUCCUGGGCUGUCGUUUCCCGGAUUGAAUCCUGAGGCAUGCUCUCAUACUCAAUGCCCAGUGUUGCCAAACAUCAAGCAAAAUUUUACACAGACCCUCAGUUUGGCUUCAUAUUUUCCUCCAUUUUCUUUCGGAGUUGGCGUCUACGCUGGGGUCUAUUUGGCUCAAAAUUAUGAGAUUCCGAAAGUGGAUGAUCCAGCUACAGUAUGGAACAGAGUAAGGACCUACAUGGAAGAAAAUUAUGGCAAACCGAAAGACAAAUAAUUUAGUUGAUUGUGAUAUUUCACCAUUUAUUUCUAGUUGUUGGCUCGUGUAUCCUUUUUUCUUUUUGUUUGUUAUUUCAUGUUUUAUUUUCUCAAUAUCAUCGAAAUGAAGUUCGUUGAUCACUAUCCUUUCAUUCUCUCUAAUUUUCGAUGAACUGAUGUCUAUGUGAAAUAAAAUUGUUUACAUGAAUUUUUGUAA